CAUUCUGCUUAUAUGUCUGUACUGUAGCAUUCACCUUCAAUAACCAAAUAUUUCUGUCAUUAAAAAAAGUUUAUAUAUGCUGUAAUAAUAGGAAACUAUAUUUUUUCAAUAUAAGGGUGUGCGUAUUUUUGUAGACAGAAUAAAUGGAAGUCACGAUAUAUAUUUCUGCAUAAAUUACCAGAGGCAAUUUAUUUCCUACUUCAAGGGUACAUGAUUGACAAGGGACAAAUUUAUAGACAAACACUAAUUAAGGAUGUAUGACACAUUUCAUGGUUUAUCAUAUACUGCAAUGUGAUUGGAUGCUCGAUUUGAAAAUUUCUAAAUGACUAAAUGUGAUGACAAGGAAACUCCCAAUUAGUCAGUUAAUAACUUAAUGAUAAAACUGAAUGGACACAAUUUUACUGUCAUUUUGUAUAAUAUACACAUGUGCUCUUUUCCUGUGAUUGGUAUUUAAAAAGCACACUUUUUAUCUAUUUCUAUAAACUAUUUAUAUAAAUUGUUUUAAGGACUUAAUAAACUUGAUCAAGUUGUUAAGUAGAGAAAAAUAAUGUGGAUAUCUAUAUCAGUUCUUAUGGUGGUGUUAGGGAUAUGUGACAGUUUCCAUCUACAAAAUCAACCAAUGGUCAGAAGAUCAGUGUGUAGAGGUGCUCCACCAUGCUGUCCAGGCCAUGUGUGUAGAGCCUAUCAGAGAUUUGAUGCAUCAAGGCCUGUAGCUGUUUGUGCAAGAAGCGUAGAAAGUAGACCUCUUUAUGCACCUGGAUCACAGGCACAACAAAGAGUUUGUGGACUUGGCUCCCGAUCUUUGCCUGGGGGAAUGGGUUCCGUACCCCCAACAUCACAACGGGCUUCUAGGGGACUUCCGCAAUUUAGAGGAAGCAGGACGCGAGGUUUGGAUGUCAGUUCUCUAAUUGGCCAGCCUCAAACUGGAAUAAGACAGGGUAUUGGAAGAGAGGGAAGUAGAUUUGGACCAUCCUCCCGUUUACAAUGGGAUCAAAUGAGAACACAGCUCCCACAAAGGUUUCAAAGGCCAUCAUUGCAAAUGCCUGGACAAAAUGUUCGUCGUCAAGGUCAAAUGGGAUUUCCAGACUUCCCUCCCAUGCCAUCCUUUGGAGAUCAAUCCUCUCAGACAGACUCUUUUACAUCUAGACUUAGUCCUGAACAAGGCUUAGGUCAAUCAUCCUCAUUUCCUACAUCCCUUGGACAGGGUCAAAGGUCAUUUGGUAGAAUUGAUGAACAAAGAUUUGAUGUUGGUAUGUCAGGAAGAGGUCAAGGUCAGCAAGAUUUUUUAGGUCAGUUUUCAUCAGGACAAAUACGCCAGCCAGCUGAUACUGGUUUUGAACAAGGUCAAUCAUUUGGUAGUCAAUCAUUUGGAGAUCAGUCAUUUCGUCAAUCUGGUGGCAGUGAUUCAUUAGGAGGGCUGUCAUUUGGAGGUGGGCAGUCAUUCAGUGGAGGCCCUUCAGCAGAAAGAAAGGGAAAGGGCAUUUGUGGGGCUGGUGGAGGUAGUGCUCCACAACCAUUCUUGAUAGAGCAAGCACCUAUAUCAGCUACACCUAUAGGUGGUAGCCAAGAAAACAACAACAAUAAUAAUGGUUUGUCACAAAGUCAAACAGUUACUUAA